AGUGUUGGGUGACUGGAGCUGUCAGUGACGUGGCGGCGUGUGGUCCCCAUCUCUGGUGACGUCAUCGCGGAGGAGAACCCCGGACGGCUGGUGCGCCACACACAGAUGUUUUAAAAAUGUCUGAAAAGGACAGCACUGAAAGCACUGGGGAGCCCAGCCACUCCCAGGAGGAACGAAAUGCUGACCCCAAAGACGAUAGUCCUGUAGAGGAGAAACAUACAGGCUCUGAACCUGUAGAGGAGAAACAUACAGGCUCUGAACCUGUAGAGGAGAAACAUACAGUCUCUGAACCUGUAGAGGAGAAACAUACAGUCUCUGAACCUGUAGAGGAGAAACAUACAGUCUCUGAACCUGUAGAGGAGAAACAUACAGUCUCUGAACCUGUAGAGGAGAAACAUACAGUCUCUGAACCUGUUGCCAUAACUCGGAAACGCCCCGAGUCAAAGUCCAGCAGUCUAUCCAUUGACGAGGAGGAGACUCAAACUACAGACAAUCCGGAGCAGGAUUCUGCUACCAAAUCCUCUUCAUCCUGGGGAUACUGGGGUAGCUGGGGAAAGUCUUUAAUAUCUACUGCUUCAGCCACUGUGGCGACUGUAGGUCAUGGAAUCAGUACAGCUAUUGAGAAGGCAGAGAGCACUCUGGGAGUUCCCAGUCCUGUAGAGCUGUCAUUUAGGGACCGAGCUGAGGCAGCAGGAGAUGCCAAUACAGAAGAGGGUGCUGAAUCCAAAGAGGGUGAGGCCUCAUCACCAAUUUCAGGAGCUUUCGGCUUCCUCUCCAGCAUCUCCACUGCUGUGCAAAGUACAGGGAAGACUGUCAUCACAGGGGGAUUGGAUGCCUUGGAGUUUAUUGGGAAAAAAACAAUGGAUGUGAUCGCAGAAGGAGAUCCAGGAUUUAAGAAGACCAAAGGGCUUAUGCACAGGAACACUACCCUGUCCCAUAUUUUAAGGGAAGCAAAGGAGAAAGAGGAGCAGCGUGUCAGCAGUGACGUUACGACAGAGACAGAGCGACGAGCGCACUACGGCCUGUUGUUUGAUGAUUUCCAGGGCCUGUCCCACCUUGAGGCUUUGGAACUGUUGUCCAAGGAAAGUGAGGGGAAGGUAAAGUCCAUCCUUGGUGCUCUGUCGGGGGAAGAGCUGACAAAACUCAAACUGGAGUUAGAAUCCUUAAAGGAAGUUUUCUCAUUGGAAGAAUUUGAUGAUGAAGAUGAUGUGGAGAAGGGUGAUGAAGACUUCAUUCAAGAGUUAGCAGUUUGGUUUCAAGGCUUGCACAUCUCCAUGAGACCAGAGAAACUUACAAAUGCAAGGAAAGCUGCGUACAGGUGGAUGAGUAAAGUGGAGGAAGAGGAAAAGAUUACGACUGAGGAGGAAAAUACUGACGAGGAGGAGGCUCAAAAAUACACUGUGGAGGAUAUUCAUGAAUCAGCAAUACGAAGCUUGGCAGAGCUAACAGCCUGUUCAAUGGAAGUGUUCCACAAAACAGCCACCUUAAUCCUGCAUGGAGAUGGCAAUGUGGCAGCAGUGUGUCGUGGCAAGGCUCUCUCACAGAUGACAAUUAUGUUGUGCAAGGAGAUCUCACAGCUUUCAAAGAAAAUGACCACUCUCCUGACAACAGUUGGGGCUUCUGAGAAGUCAGACAUUCUGAAUCCAUUAAUUACAGGAGUGUUUUUAGAGGCCUCCAACAGCGCUUCCUAUAUCCAAGAUGCUUUCCAGUUACUGCUUCCAGUACUUGAAAUCUCCCAUAUCCAGUGCAGGACUUAAUUUUUGUUACACAAUACAUCAUCCUUCUAGGUUAUGGUGCCAUGCUUUAACUCAGAGCGCCAGAGUGAAACUCUCUACUUGGUGAACAUGUUCUGCUAAACUGGAAAAGCCAAACAGAAAAAAAGGCACAUCAAAAAUUUUACAUUGUCUUCUGCCACUACAACUAUGGCAAUUCUGUCCCUUUUAACUGUAUGAAUAUAUGAAGAGGUAUGUAAAGGUUAUCGGGUAAAGUUAAGACGUUAUUUAAGGUUAGAAAAUUAUUUGCUUUCAUUACUAUUUCCAUGAUAUUUCAUUAUUUUUAUUAUAUUAUACUAAAUUACAACAUAAGAGCUGCGCAAAAAUGAUUUAGGAUUGAAGCGAGACCUGUUCUUACCCAUAUCUCCAGUUGUUAAGCCUCAUACACACGACCGGUUUUCCAGACGGGAAAACUGCCAUGUUUGCUUUUGGU